CGUCAGGUGUUCCACUCGUUUGAGAUAUUAAGCGUGGACUAUGCUGCGCUCCAAAACCUGAUUCAUCACGUCGGAAUAUGCGGCGGGCCGCGAGAGAGAGCCCGACUUUGGAAGAUGUCAUUCCAAAUGAAUUUCUGUGAUUGACGGAGAGCAUGGAGGUCAGAAACAGGUUUUCAGCGUGUUGGGAGAGUUUUCGCACUUGUUUGAAGACGUCCAAUCCAAGUGUCAUUGAGAAAGAUCACCAGAUAAAAGAACCUGACGUGGUUGUUGAAAACCCAAGCGCCGUGCAAACCAAUCAGCCGAAGCCGAGAAGCCCAGCGAACGAGCUCGAGAAUCGUUUUGUUGCACUUUACGACUACUCGGCCCGCACCGAGGAGGACUUGAGCUUCAAAGCGGGCGACAUUUUGGAAGCGCUGGAUAAAGAUACCGGAGACUGGUGGUUUGCAAAAGCGCUUAGUGGAGAUUCGACGUCCAAACAGGGCUACAUCCCCGCAAAUUACGUGGCGCCGGUGGCGAGUAUCGACGCCGAACCAUGGUAUUUUCCGGAGACAAAAAGGUUGGAUGCAGAGAAGAUGCUUUUAACGGGAAAGAACCAACAAGGAUCCUUCCUAAUCAGAAACUGUGAAAGUCAGAAAGGGGAGCUGUCCCUCUCAGUGUUGGACAAUGGAAAGGUGAAGCAUUAUAAGCUAAAAAAAACAGACCAUGGUCUCUUCUAUAUCUCAAGGAGCAAACCAUUUGAAACACUGAAGAAGUUAGUGCAUCACUACUCAACACAAGCAGAUGGCCUCUGUGUGUGUCUAGGAGAACCAUGCAAAAAGAUUGAGGCUCCACAGACUCCUGGCCUCUCCUAUAACACUGUGGACCAAUGGGAGAUUGACUGCAAUUCCAUCAAGCUCCUCCAUAAACUGGGAGCAGGUCAGUUUGGAGAAGUUUAUGAGGGCCUAUGGAAUGACACCACAGCCGUUGCAGUGAAGACACUCAAACCUGGUACCAUGGACACUGAAGACUUUUUGAGAGAGGCUCAAAUCAUGAAGAGACUGAGGCAUCCCAAGCUAAUCCAACUUUAUGCCGUCUGCACCAUGGAAGAGCCCAUCUACAUUAUCACAGAACUGAUGAAGAACGGGAGUUUGCUCGAAUACCUCCAAAAGGACAAAGGUACCAAACUGCAGCUCUCUGACCAGAUUGAGAUGGCUGCUCAGGUGGCAUCUGGUAUGGCUUUUCUGGAGGUGCAGAACUACAUUCACAGAGAUCUUGCUGCCAGGAAUGUGCUGGUAGGGGAGAACAACAUCUGUAAGGUGGCAGAUUUUGGUCUCGCCAGGGUCUUUCAGACUGACAACGUGUACGAGGCAAGAGAAGGUACCAAAUUCCCAGUGAAAUGGACUGCUCCGGAGGCCAUUCACAACAACAUUUUCACGAUAAAAUCGGAUGUCUGGUCAUUCGGUAUUCUGUUGUAUGAGAUCAUGACAUUUGGUAAAAUGCCUUAUCCAGACCUGACAAACUACCAAGUUGUCCAACAAGUUCCCCAGGGCUACAGAAUGCAAUGUCCCCCCAACUGCCCCAAAAUCAUGUAUGGCAUAAUGAUGAACUGUUGGAAUGAGAACGAAAACGACCGGCCCACAUUUGAGACUUUGCAGUGGAACUUGGAGGACUUCUUUGACCUGAACGCUACUUCCUAUGACAACGCUGGCCACUAUUAGCACACUGAGCAUGUGAAUGCAACUCUAUCAUGAAUUAAAAAAAAAAAAAAAACACUUGCAUCCAUACAUGCAUUCGGGAUGUAUUUUGAAAUUCCACAGUUAAAUUCAGACGCUGAUUGACUUUUGGAUGUAAUUGAAUACUGUGGCACCCUUUAAGGAAGCUGCCAGGUAGUCCUGGUUAUGCCAGCUGAACUAUGACCUCUACAGACAAAGUCUUUGUAAUUUUAACCAAGCGUUAGUCAGCAACACUUUUCUGAAAUCAUCAGUAAGAACUUCAACAAUACUCCCACUGUGUUUGCUGUGGUUGACAAACUCACAACCCCCCCCCCCCCCCCCCCCCCGAAUCAGAUAGCUCCAGAACUCCUAACAGCAGAUAAAUGCAAUACAUUUGCUUAUUUUAGUGAAAAAAUGUCAUCCAUCAGGUUAAAUAUUGGUACAAAUCAGCAAAAUGAUAAAAUGAUGCAGCAUCUGAAGCCACCCAGGAAAAAAAUCGGUCUUACCAUGUAAGAAUUGGAUACAAUUGACCAAAAAACUGUAGAGAAACCGGUUCAGCAGCUGAAACCAUCAACGAGCUGUCUUGACUGAGUACCAUCUGAAUUUUUCAAAGUCUGUGCUAGCUGAUUUGCAGCAAAUAAUCAAUUGCUCACUUCAGUCAGGCGAGUUUGCUAAAGCUCUUAAAGUUAGCUGCCAGUAAGCCUCUGCUAAAAAAUAGAGCGCUGGACGCGUCCAUGUUGGCAAGCUAUAGACCCAUCUCCAAUCUCCCUUUCAUAGCCAAGAUUGUUGAGAAAGUUAUUUUUAAUCAACUCGGAAAUUUCUUGAACUUAAAUAGACUUUUUGACAAAUUUCAAUCAGGGUUCCAAACUCAUCACAGUACCGAAUCUGCUCUUAUCAAAGUGCUAAAUGAUAUAAGGUUGAAUACUGACUCAGGAAAGGUGUCAAUUCUGGUCCUGUUGGACCUCAGUGCGGCUUUUGAUACGAUAGAUCAUAAUAUACUGCUGAACAGGUUGGAAAACGUGGGUAGGACUAAAUGGAACAGUCCUUAAAUGGUUCAGGUCCUACCUGGAGGAAAGGCGUUAUUUUGUAACCAUUGGAAGUGCUCCAUCUCAUCGAAUGGCAAUAACCUAUGGGGUCCUUCAAGGGUCAGUUCUUAGACCCCUCCUGUUCAGCCUGUAUAUGCUACCCUUGGGUCAAAUUCUUCAGAACUUCCAUCUUGACUAUCAUAGCUAUGCAGAUUAAACCGUUAUAUCUAGCAGUCUCUCUCGAUGACUACAGUUCAAUAGAGGUGUUGUGUCACUGUCUAAAACAGAUAAAUAUCUGGAUGAGACAAAAUUGUCUUCAAUUAAACCACAACAAAACGGAGAUAAUUGUUUUUGGCAAGAAAGAAAAAGAAAAUUGAUGUUAAUAAAUACCUGAAGUCACUCUCUUUAAAAACCAAAGACCAAGUCCGAAACCUUGGUGUUCUGAUAGAUUCUGACCUGACUUUCAACAGUCAUAUCAAAUCAAUUACUAAAACUGCCUUUUACCACAUGAAGAACAUAUCCAGAGUGAAGGCUUGCAUGUGUCAAGCAGACCAGGAGAAGGUCAUCCAUGCUUUUAUCUCAAGUAGACUUGACUAUUGUAAUGGUCUUCUGACUGGACUCCCUAAAAAGAGCAUUAAACAGCCACAGCUCAUUCAGAAUGCUGUGGCUCGGGUUCUGACCGGAACAAAGAGGUCAGAGCAUAUUACUCCAAUUCUCAAGUCUUUACACUGGCUUCCAGUCAGCUUUAGAAUAGAUUUGAAAGUUCUGCUACGGGUCUAUAAAUCACUAAACGGUUCAGGUCCUGAAUACAUGAAUGAAAUGCUAAUGGCAUAUAAACCCAGUAGGGCUCGGAGAUCGACAGACUCAGGUCAAAUAGUGGAGCGCAGAGUCCAAAGCGAACUUGGUGAAGCAGCAUUUGGCUAUUAUGCUGCACACAAAUGGAAGAAGUUGCUAACAGAAGUGACGUCAGCCCCAAGUGUGCAUGUUUUGAAGUCCAGGUGAAAAACUCUUUUUUUUUUUUUUUUUUUUUUUUUCCCCCCCCCCCAUGCUUUUUGAAGCAUUUCCACUUCGAAAUAUUCCUUGCACUGUAUGCUGUUUUAAUUGUAUUUGUAUUUUUUUUCCCCUCUUUGUUUUAAAUGUUUAUACGCUGUUUUUAAAUGCUUGUAAUCAUGUAAAGCACAUUGAGUUACCUUGUGUAUGCAAUGCGCUGUAUAAAUACAUUUGAUUCGCUUUGCCUUGCAUAUCUUGACGAACCAGUUCUUCCUGGUCCACAUUCUUUCCGCUUGCUACAUUCUGUACUUUGAACGGGAUAUGACGAUAAGCGAAUCAUCAUUACAACAACACCUUACCUCAGCUGAUUGCAUUAGUAGGUAUUAAAGUAAUCUAAAGUCUUGAAGCCAUGUACAGUAACUCGUCUGUAGUUCGUCUGUGCUCUUUUUUUUUUUUUUUUUUCCACAUAAAUUGAAAGCAAUUGUAUUUAUGUAUUAUUGAUGAUCAGCGGGUGUCACUCAUUUGCUUUACUUUUGAGCCUAAUUGUUCAGAAUCACUUGAAAUGUUUCAUUGGUGUGAUAUGAUUCACAGUACACCUAAGCAUGUCAUCUUAACAAAUUAGCUCAGUGGCCUGUAUAGAUGUGGUGAUUUUGUAUGUUUUAACAAAAGUUUAUCACGUUGAAUGAAUUAUACAGUGUGUACCGAUAACCUUACUGUAUUUUAUGUUGAAUAAAAUAUGUGAAUCAAACAA